GUAAAACAAAUGAAAUCACAGUACUUGUAGUUGUGAGGUUCCUCUGAUACCUACCUUUUAAGCCUAUCUACACUAUCUACAGCAGCUAGGCUAGGCCUAGGCUGCAGGUAGCUAGCUAAAGGACAGAGGGAAGACGGUAGAAAUCUUUCCAUCCAUUGCUUGAUCAUCAUGUGGUUGUUUGGAAGCUUCUGGGCCUAGACCUAGGCUCGUGAUUUAUCUAAUUUUGAGCUUGGCCAUGAAAAGUAGACCACAAUGGGUCAUUUGACAGAGGCUUGAGUGCAGUGAUAAGAUAAUAACUACGUGUUUUUAAAAAAUAGCCACAUACAGACAGAUUGACUAGGCACCAUGUCUUUUCCCUGUGAGGAUGAGGAGGAUAUACCUGAUCCAAACCUUGAAGUCGUAUCUCAAGAAAAAGUCAAGCUUGAGAAAGCUCACCAAUGUGCUGAGUGUAGCAAACGGUUCACACGACGUAGUCACAUGCUUAGACAUCAGUUGAUCCACACUGGUAGAAAACCAUACAAAUGUGGCCAUUGUGGAAAAGGUUUUACACGACGCGAGCACAUGACGAAACACACUGAGAAAAAUCAUGAGGGAAUUGCUCUGUUCGAAUGCGAUGACUGCAACGUGAAAUUCACCACGGAGGAAGAAAUGAAAGGGCAUGCGAAAUCUCAUGAAGGCGAUGGCACGUAUCACUACUGCGGACAAUGUAGUGAAAAGUUUGAACAAGUGGAUGAUUUAAAAGCACAUGUGCUCACGCAUUCGAUUGAUAAGCCAUUCAAGUGCGGAGAAUGCGGUAAAGGGUUUAAGCGACGUAGUCACAUGCUACGGCACGAAGUCGGCCAUUCUGGCUUGAAAUCAGCAUUUUGUGAUCAGUGUGGUAAGGGCUUCAGCCGGCAAGAACAUCUCAUACGUCACGAAAAGACACAUCGGGGUGGAAGCUUCUUCCAGUGUGAACAGUGUGGUAAAAACUUCCCUGGUAAGGGAAGUCUAAAAGCUCAUUCAAAAAUCCAUAGUGGCGAAAAACCGCACGUCUGCUCGGAAUGUGGAAUGGGUUUCAUAGGUCGGAGUCAUUUAGUGCGUCAUGAGAGAAUACACACGGGGCUAAAACCAUACCAAUGUCAUUUUUGUGGUCAGCAGUUUAGUCGCAAGGACAAGUUAGCCCUUCACCAGAAAAAGCAUGAGGUAAAAAAAGAAGAGCUGUCAAUAGAUGAGGAAGUUGAACAGAUAGUCAACUCCCAGCCGCCAUCAAUAGAUGAGGAGGUUGAACAGAUAGUCAACUCCCAGCCACCGUCAAUAAAUGAGGAGGUUGAACAGAUAGCCAACUCCCAGCCGUCGUCAGUACAUGAGGAAGUUCAACAGGUAGCCAACUCCCAGCCGGAUUUGAACUCUUAACAAUACUUUUCACAUCGAGAAAUGUUAUUCUUCUGGUACACUUAUCUGCUUUUUUAGACAAUUGAUUUUACAGUACUGGACAGCAAAGUACUUGUAGUAGUUAACUUCAAUAGCGUAAACAAAAACUGGCUUGUGAAUCAAAAGCAAACAGUUGGGUUUGUGAAGCUAUUGUAACUUGGAUCAUGAUUUGAUCAUCUUGAAAAAUAGAAGAUUUGGCACCCAAGCCUUCAAAAAUUGACAUAUUUCUAAAUUUAUAAUUAUUAGACUGAUAUCACAUAAAUUCAAACAUGAUUUCAAUUUUAUAUAGCUUUGAAUGUUUCAAGCAAGUGUUUUAAAUUUUUACUUGAUCGCUUAUUUGCAUUUCCUAAUAUAAUGGAAACAUUUGAAUACAGUAGAUAAUAAGGUGAUAGUUUUAUAUAAUCAUUUGACAAAAUCGUGAAUAGUUUUAAUAGCCACAUUGUAAAAUUGAGAUACUUUACAGACUAGUUUUCGCAAAGGAUUGAAGUUAUCUCCAAUUUUGGUAUACGAAUAGUUUAAAGAUGGCUGAUCAGCAUUGAGUUAUAUAGUCCAUUACCAUAACAUUCGCAAAUGGAUAAAAAAGGGCUUGUUUACAAAAGCCUAGUACAUGUUAAAGCUACAUUUACACUAGACACGAUAACGACACGGUAAAAAUGCGCUCAGUGUUGAAGAAUGUAAACAACGCGAUGAUAUGUCAUUGUCGUGUUGUUAUCGUGUCUAGUGUAAAUUUCACUUAAGCCAGCCACUCACUGCCUCCGACGGUUGUCGGCCAAUGCGAUUCUAAAGAGAAUACAAUGCCACAACGCAUGCGCAACAGAGCAAACGAUGUCGCAUCGUCAAAUGCUAACGGGGAGCGGAGUUUGAUUCGACGGUCGUACGACCUUUGUGCGACGCUGUGAGUGUGCCGGCUUUAGCCACGAUAUUUACAGGACUCCAUGAUUGUAGAGGUUCUCUGAUUGAACACUAAUUUAAAGUAUUUCGUUAUUGUUAAUUGUGUUAAUUAUUCAACAUUUAGUCAAUUAAGAUUUUUUGUGGAUGAGCUUUACCCUAUGGUUCUCGGCAGUGGCUGGUCCUUUACUCCUAGCUCUUGCUAUGGCUACGGGCGUAACGCCUACGGGCUCUUGGGCCGAGCUCCCAGUUGAAAGGGGCCCCUGAUAUCCCUUUUAUUAAUAAACAUGACCCUUGAAAUUAUGGUCCUGUAGAAUGCACAAAAACUGGCAAAUUAAAACAAUAUUCCAGGUUUCUAACUCACAAAUGUCCUAAGUAAACCCCACAACACCACUUGUUUUAUACAAUAACAAUUCCCGACCCAAAAUGUUCCACAGGCAGGCUCUACUACAAUCUGAAAUUUAAAUUGGCCUUGUCGGAAAUAAUGAAGUAAUAGGCUACUGGAUUUUCAGAGAAUUCAAAUUAAAUUUUAGUUAUCAGGCUAUGGUAUUGUUUGAUAUUCUAAUGUAUAGGGGCCACUUUUGUGACACCUGUAAUCGAUUACUAUACAGUAUGGGGCCCCAACACUUUCUUUCCUAUGACUCGUCGUUAUGCCACAAAUUGAUUUGAUUUAAACCCAUCCUCUAACAUUUAAAAUUUUUCUUUAUGGAGAAACGCAGCAUACAGUAUGUUGUUGCUGCCUUGAGGUUUAUACAUAGUCCUGUAUCUGGUCCACGUUUAAAGUAUUUAUAUUUUUGCACUAUAUUUUACAUAUUUCUAUUAAAUGGGCACUUUUUUUUUUUUUUGGUCACUAAGGUGUCCCCUUAACAGAGUUCUUCUGUAUUUUUGUUAUGAUUAUUUUUCAUGUAGCUCAAGGGACCAAUAGCCACUGACCUUUGGAAA